UGAGCGAUAGAAGAGGCUGCUAUCACAGUCGGUUGUUUGUGAUACAGUCUUUCCAUAAUGGCUAGCUGCUCCUUUCUUAUUUUCGGGGGCCUGUUAUGUGGGGUUUUCCAUUGGCGAGCAUAUCGCAGGCGUUGAUCCUUUCAAUUUGACCAUGUCCUCUUGGAUCAUUGCAGGAUUCAUCAUCCUUGCUGCGAAAAGCAUUCGAGUAAGCGAGUGGCCCUGGCGUGACAUUUUCCUUGGCAGGGCAACUUGUCGAAGUGUACGCGAAGUCGCAAAUGUUACGGGCCUAGAAGCUCAGGAGAUACUUAUGUACCUGCUAUCUUCGGAAGCAAGGAUUCCUCUGAAGAGUCGUGGCCCUCAUAAUAGUUAAUUCACAU